AUGGAGAUAAUGAGCAAAUCUACGAGGUUGAUGGUUGCUGCAAUCCAGUGUGGCUCAACGUUUUUCCGUUUUGCCUUCUCUUUGAAAAAUGCAUGGGGACAGCCGUUUACGCAAGUUUGGACUGGCAGAUCUGUAUCUUUAAUCACUCAUAAGGCUCCCACCUGUCUCCUCUUGAAGAGAGAUUUCACAGAAUCUUUAAUUGGAUACGAGGCUGAGGACAAAUACUCAGAAUUAGAAGACGGUGACAAUGAUUACCAUUUCUUUAAACAUUUCACGAAAAUUCUCCGUCAAAGUGAUAUUAAACGACAUACGUUAUGCUGUGAUGUCAGAGGAAGAUCUCUUAAAGCAAUAUUGGUCUUGGAACAUUUCAUCAGAUGUGUAAAGAAAAUCGUACAUCAAAGGAUAAUGGGAAUUCCUGAUGAUGACAUUGACUAUGUCUUUACUGUUCCUACCACUGGUGAAGAAAAUGCUAAACUGAUAGUGAGAGAAGCCGCGGUAAAUGCAGGAAUAAAAAGGGAAUAUUUGGCAAUAGUUCUGGAGUCAGAAGCAGCAUCUAUUUACUGCCAGUAUUUAAAGUUUGCCGAAAAAGACACAUCAUCUCCAGUGCUGGGUGUGGUAAAGCCCGGCACAAAAUACAUGCUGGUACAUCUUGAAAGUGGCACAGCAGAUAUAACAGUGCAUCAGAAAUGUGAGGAUAACACUUUGGAGGAAGUUCUUCCAGCAAGUGGAGGGCCAUGGGGAGGAAAAGCUGUAGAUGACCAAUUUAUCAAGUUUUUAUCAGAAUUAGUGGAGGAGAAGGUAUGGGAGAACUUUAAAAGUGAACACAUGGAAGAUUAUCUGGAUAUCACAUGGUGUUUUGAAACAAAGAAACGAACAAUUAAACCAGACAAGAGUGGAAGCACUCGAAUGCCAAUACCACACGCACUUUUGAAAUUAUGCACCAAGUCUCACAGCGUCGAGAGUUUCAACGAAGUCAUUGAGAAAAAUGAUGCACAUAAAAAUAAUGUGUCUUUUAUGUCUGGGAAACUUGUGUGGAAAAAUGACUUCUUCAGGGGUUUCUUUAAAAAAACUAUCGAUGCAAUAGUAAAACAUAUGGAUGACAUUUUCCAGGAAUCUGAGGCAAGAGAUGUCAAAAUUAUUGUUAUGGUUGGCUGUUUUUCUGGAUGUCCACUGGUUCAAGAUGCAGUCAGGAAAAAUUUUUGUAACUAUUCUAUCAUUGUACCUGAAGUGGGCGAUUUGGCUGUUUUGAAAGGUGCUGUUUAUUCUGGCCAUAUCCCUGAUGCUGUCUCGCUUAGGUCAGCAAGAUAUACAUAUGGGUUUCAGACGUGGCCCGAAUUCAACGAAGAUAUUCAUCCAGAAGAGAAAAGGGUCCAAUGUGGAAAGUUAUCAAGAUGUCGAGAUGUCUUUUCAAAGAUCGUUACCAAGGGCGAUAAAAUCAUGGCGGGGUUUACAAAAUCCCAAUUUUUUCGAGUUUGUUGUAACAGAGAUAAUAUUGUUUUAGAGUGUGGGUUGUUUAUAUCAGAAAAAAAGAACCCUAUGUUUGUGGAUGACCCAGACUGUAAAUCGCUUGGCACAUUACAGGUCCCAUUUUCACCAAACAAACAAAACAUUGAAACGUUGGUCGAAGAGAAAUUGUUUUUUGGCAUGACCGAAUUAAAAUUCACUGCAGAAGAUAUUUUUUCUGGUUUAAAAUUCGAGAUAAGUUUUGAUCUACCAAAAGAAUAAUUUUAAUGAUAUAACAUAUAAAUAAACGUAAUAUAUUGUCUCAUUAUAUUAUAUCAGAUUUUGAAGUGAAUCAUUUUGUUACAACUCCCAGUCAGGCAUUUUUUAACAAAUGUCAAAGAAAAUAAGAAAUUAGUUUUGAUAGGAACAAUUCUUAAACUUUCAGAUUUUUCUCUAUUCUUGGGGUGAAUAAGUGAUCAGACACGUACGUAUCAUCGUUUUUAAAGAGUCGGUGGGGUAUGGAAA